AUUUCUCUCAUUUUCCAGGCUGCUCGCAAGGGAGUCCGCUGAAGGCGCAGACUUCGCUCUUUCUCUGUCUUUCCUGACUCUGGCCCGGGGUUCCCGACAGCUCAACUGCUGCUCCACCGCUGAGGACAGCCCUGUCUCAGGAAGGAACCAUGAAAGAGGGAGCAAGCACCAAGCCUGGUCAUUCCCUGACUGUGACACUUUUACUUCUCCUGAGCUUCCUGCAAACCACUCUGUCCCAUGAUGCAGACUCUCUAAACUGCAUACUCCCUGUCAAGUCUCGUACCACAGCUGGACAAUGCUCAUUGAAUGGACAGACUCUCCUUCAGUAUGGUAACAGCAAUGAAGACACACUUUUGCGUAAACUGGAGAAGGAGGGAAAAGCCAUUCAAGUGUGCACAAUUUUGCCAGACAGCUUAAAAGAGUUUUUAGAAGAGAAAUGCCCGGAAUCAGGGUUAUUCCCGCCCACAGGAAAUCACACAAUGAAUGUCACCAUGCAGUCUCAAUACAAACAAGGAGACCUCAUUGAUGCCCGCUGGGCCUUCACCAUUGAUGGAAAGCAUAACUACAACUGUUAUCUAACCAACAAGACUUGCAGGUGUAGUCCUCAUGAUGCAGGCAGUGCUGGGAUACAAUGGGAGCACCUAAAAGAAGCCCUCAGAAAGCUCUCUGAAGGAAAUUUCAGAGAUUGCCUCAAGAAAUUGUCCACACACUUGAGGGAAGAGCCAAGACCAAAAGUAAAUCCUCAGGAUACUACCCAGCUUAGCUCUGCCACCCAGAUUCCUCGUACUGUGAAUACCACACCACCUACAUCUGCCAGCGAGUAUCAACACACCAGCUGGAUUCUGUAUCUAUUACCUUUAAUCAUUGCAUUGAUCAUCUGAGUAGUCUUUGCAGUUGCCUGGAUUGUGAAGAAAAGAGGUGCUCCCUGCUGCUCCUCUAGCUCUGUAGUCUGAUCUACAGUUGUCAUCAGCAGCUGUGUUGGGUGACUCUGAACACUGCCUGUGGCUUCUUCAGCAAAGGAGCAAACGUAUUUCUGAUGGUAUCUCUGAAAUCUGUGCUGCUGAGUUCCAGACUGGUGGGAAACCAGGAGACUGAUGGCAUCAGAGCCUCAUGCACCAGGGCAUCACAGUGCAAUAGGCUGCUGCCAUCAGGGACUCACUGUUUUGUUCCUUUUUUGUUCUUGUUCUCACUUAAUUGCUUUGUGGACAGCAAGCUGGGCCUGGCUCUAAAUUACCCAUCACUGUCUCAAACAGUGACCUGCCCCGGGUGACUCCAUUUGCCUCCCCUCUCAGUGAAAAGCAGAUAUUGCUUGUCAUGACAACUCACUCUUUACAGACACACGCCCUGCCCAGGACCACCCGUGAUUCAAAGGCUGAGACCUAACUUAACCCUAAAGGAAAAGGUGUCACCUGUACACUUACCAGAACAGGUUGGAAGCAGUGAGCACAUGUGCAUAUGAAAACCACAUCAGAGAUCCAGGACUGAGGAUUUGGCUCACCCUCACCUGGACCCUGAACAGGCCACCUAACCCUGCAAUGGUUAUGGCCCCACAAGCUUGCCAUGUGGUUGCCUGAAGGAGCCUGCAGGCAGAGAACUCCUGGCCAUCUGAAGGCUUCAGCUCCACCCAAGGGCAUUAAUACCUCCUAUUUGCAUCACUUUCUGACAGUUCCUCUGCUGCUCCAUGCUAAUGUGGUCCUGCUCCUCACCGCUAAGCUGCACUCAGUCCUGAGGCUGGCACAGCCCUGCAGCCCUGCAGGCCCUAACAGCUCCUCUGCGUUGAGUCUCUGUGUUUACUGUCCCUCUGUCUCUGCCUCCAGUCUGGUCUCUUUAAACUCUAAUGGCAACUCCUUCACCCCUUGGAAGCCAUUCUGUAAUCUAAGCGUAUGUGAUGCAUACACUUAUAUGUGUAUUAUAAUGUGUGAUCUGAGAGUUUAUAGCAGUAACUAAGACUGGAGUAAAGUAGCCCGUGUGGGCCAGCAGACAGUUAUCAAAGGACUUCUUGGCAGUUACAGCCAGUGAAUUGGAUAGAGCUUAUAAAUUAAUACUAACAUGUGAGCACUAAUUUCAUAGCUCACGUAUUCAGGGUUUCAUUCGUAUUAUAGGAGUUCGGUGAGUACACAGUCCAUUGGCAAUGAAACUGCAAAUACAUAUUUUCUCAGACAAAUGAAACAUCCAGUUAUAAAAAUAAAAUUCAGCAUCCCUACCAAACUAAGACUUGCUCCCCUGACCCAGCGCCUGCCUUGCUCCACAGUGUCAUCCCCCACUGUUCAGGAUGAUGUCUGACCAAGGUGCUAGUCACAGGGAGCUUCCAUCCAGCUUCUCAGGAGGAGAGGGUUAGCAAAAUAAAUAAUAAAUCAGAAAAAGUGAGCAAACCUCAGAUCACACAUGUAUAAGGGUUUAUAUAUAGGACAAUAUCGAAUCACCCUAUGGUGAAAGAAAACUACAAAGAUGUUAGCUCAGGUGAGAAAGAUAAGUAACAGGUUAAAAAGUCCUAAAAUAGUGCUGCCUGCAACGAUGGACAGUACACACAGAGGACAGAGCUCAGGACAUGGGACACUAGCAGUCCAGAGGGUGCUGUCAUGACAGGAACUACAGGGGGCCAUGGCCAGGCAUAGAUAUGUGAUAUUCAGCAGACCAAAAUGAUGUAAACAUUUUAGUGAGGAGCACGGACAAAGAGCUAACUCAGUCGGAUAACGGAUAACGCUUUGGUUGGUUGGUAUUGGUCCCCACAAGCAUGAGGACCUGGGUUCCCUCCUCAGAACCCAUGUCCACUGUGGUGGCACAUGCCUGUGUUCCCAGUGUAGGGGACAGAGAGGGAGAAAUUCUGGGUUCCCUCCUCAGAACCCAUGUCCACUGUGGUGGCACAUGUCUGUUUUUCUAGUGUAGGUGACAGAGAGGGAGAAGUUCAUCUCUGCGAAUUUCUCGUCAGCCAGACUAGAUGAACUGGGGAGUUCCAGUACAGACUGGCUAUGAACACAGUCUGCAUGGCAUCUUGGGGAAUGACACCCAAACUUAAUGUCUAGUCUCCGUAUGUAGGAGUAUGCGAACAAGCACACACGUGUGUACAUGCCCGAACAAGGUAGACACUGGGGGCCACACUAAACACGUGACUCCUCAGGAGACAAUACUCCUGAGAGCGUGUGGAACUUCUUAAUUCUAGGAACAAGAUGCUCCCUGGCCUUGUCUCUGCGCCAUUUGUAUAUCUGCGUUUGAAUAGAGAAGAGGGGAAGAGGGAGCUCUUAGCUGUCUUCUCAGAUAAUAAGUGUCAAAGCACCAUUGCUCAGCACUGGCCUGAGGUGCCCGGGUAGGGUAGGAUUCAUCCUCUACUUGUAUGAGGUGUCAUGAGGAACUGGAUCAGACUCCAAGCAUUAGAGUCGGGUCAUUAGCAGAGGACUGCCACACCCACGCCAGUGUUGCCAUAGUAGCAUAAGCUACAGGGCGGGGGAUAUGAUUUCCCCGGAAAUAAGCCCCCUGGAAGGUCCCUGGCAAACUCAUCCCACUUGGAAAAGAGACGUGUUCUGAGAUUUCUAUGCUUCUUCAGUUGUGGCUCUGGGGCUGGAAUAAUGAAUUCUUUGAUCUUUUUCUGUGACACCUGAAACAGCACAACUAACUUUAUAAAGAAAUUUAUUAUUAGUAGAUUGUUAAAGGCUUUAAUAAAAAUAAGUUUAAGAAAAGUAAUGAAUUAGAUUUAGUAUUAAUAGGCAUUAAGAAUAGAAAAAUAAUAAUAGGCUCCUUCUUAAGAAAUAAUAGCAUGAGAGGUGCAGCUGGCAGGAGUUUCCCCCUCCCUUCAGUAUCUUGUUCCUAAGGAAGAUCAUAAAUCUUGGGCAGGACAUAUGGGAGGAGGGUUAACAAAGGUGUAGUUAGAUUUUGAUAUAGAGAGGGACUUUGGCAGGCAUCUGACUUAGCUCCUGACUUUCCUCUUCAUUGGUUAGCAAUAAUGAAACUAUAUUUGAGGUUUCUUUUCCUUUGUUUACUCUGAUCAAAAAGUUUUUAGGCCGAGAUUAUUCGUGGGUACUGCUUUAUGUUUGACUGCAUUUUGAGUUAAAAUGUAAACUUUGUAUUCUUGGUAAAAGUCUGAAUGUUCUGGAAAGCAUGCCAAUUUUAAGGUGCCUUUUGUAAAAUCAUUAUAAAAAUACUAGCUUGAUUUCAGUAAAGUUGCAGCAGAGUCAAAACCA